AUGUCCGGACGUAAAGAAUGGCCUGAAUUGGUUGGACAAACAUUCCAAGCAGCAUGUCAAAAAAUUUUACAGUUUGAUAGCAAAUUAACUCCAUAUAAUGCAAAGAAUGGAAUUGAAGAUCGAAUGUAUGAUCCAACUCGUGUUGUAUGUUUCACAAAUGAUGACGAUACUAUAACGAAAGUUCCGUUUUAUAAUUGUCGAUAA